AACUUAGAAAAUAUCAGAUAUUUUAAAGAUAUUUUAUAGUAGAUAAAAUAGUAAAUAAAGCUUAUAAGCAAAAACUGAGCACACAUAUGCGGAUAAUGGAAAGUUUUUCAGACAAAAUUAAGAUGACUAUGGCUAACAUGUCACCGACACAACUAGCGGAAUACUAUUCAAGGUGGGCUGAAAAUAUGGGAUAUGAAAAGGAGAUGAACGAGGGCAAGUUCCGUGCGUCUUCAAUAGUUGCUGACGAAAUGGCGGCCUGCUUCCCUGAAAAUAGAGAUCAGCUACAAAUAAUGGACAUUGCAUGUGGAACUGGUCGUGUCGGGACUGCGCUGGCAGCUAAUGGGUUUACGAACAUAGACGGUCUGGAUUCAUCAUCAGGAAUGUUAAAAGUGUGUAUGAAAACUGGACAUUACAACAACCUUUAUGAGGAAUAUUGUGGUUAUAAUACAUUACCAAUCCAAGAUGAUGCAUAUGAUUGCUUGGGUGUAGCUGGUGGAAUUGGAGGGAGUCAUAUACCUUGCUCUGGAAUAAUGGAAAUGAUCCGAAUCGUAAAACCAGGCGGACUUAUAAUAAUAGCGAUGAGGAAAGAGUUUGAAGAACGCGUGGGCAAGGAUAUAGAGGACAUGGACGCGUUAAUAUCAACAGUGGAAAAUAAAAACAUGGCGGAAUUAUUUGAAAGGCGGGAAGUGGAUAAAUAUUUUGUUGAUAGAGACGGGAUUCUCUUUAAAAUACGAGUGAAAUAAAAAUGACACUACUUUUUGUAAAUUGUCAGUGACU